GCCUAUAAACUUCCUUAAAGAAGGAGAAGUUGUGUAUUUCUUGCUGCUAGCUUGACUCGUGAGCAACACAAGAGGGAUUUGGGGGAUUUUCUGGACUAUUUUGAAACCGACGAGGGAUUUCCUGUUUUCACAGCUCCCUCCUUGGAUAAACACGGCCGGAUGGCUUUCUGCUGCUUGUUGAUCCACGUCUUCCUCUUCACCUGCUGCUCGGCCCACAGCGACGUCUUCACCUCCAUCGGUCACAUGACCGACCUGCUGUUCACGGAGAAGGACCUGGUCACCUCCCUGAAGGACUACAUCCGAGCGGAGGAGAGCAAACUGGAGCAGAUUAAAAAAUGGGCUGACAAACUGGACGUCCUCUCUGCGGCUGCGACUCAGGACCCCGAGGGCUUCCUGGGACACCCGGUGAACGCCUUCAAGCUGAUGAAGAGACUCAACACAGAGUGGGGGGAGCUGGAGAGCCUGGUGCUCACCGACAUGUCCGAUGCGUUCGUCUCUAACCUCACCAUCCAGAGGCAGCACUUCCCCAACGAUGACGACCAGAUUGGAGCCGCCAAAGCUCUCAUGAGGCUGCUGGACACCUACAAGCUGGACACCAACACCAUCGCCACCGGACAGCUGCCAGGCUCGUCCUCUGUCGCCUCCCACCGGAGCGUUCUGACGGUGGACGACUGCUACGACCUCGGGAAGGUGGCGUACUCGGACGCAGACUACUACCACACGGAGCUGUGGAUGGUUCAGGCCCUGAAGCAGCUGGAUCAGGGAGAGACGUCCAGCACCACAGACGCCGUCUCUAUCCUGGACUACCUGAGCUACUCGGUCUACCAGCAGGGGGACCUGGAGAGAGCGCUGGACUUCACCAAGAGGCUGCUGGAGCUCGACCCGACACACCAGCGAGCCAGCGGGAACCUGAAGUACUUUGAGUAUCAGCUGGCGAAACAGAACAAGGUGGUGGAGAAGGACGAGGAGGAGACUGAGGGGAAACAGAAGAAGGGUCGACCUGACGAUUACCUGCCAGAGAGGAGGAAGUACGAGCAGCUGUGUCGCGGCGAGGGCCUCAGGAUGACUCCUCGCAGGCAGAGCCGCCUCUUCUGCCGUUACUAUGACAACAACCGCCACCCGAAAUACGUGAUCGGCCCGGUGAAGCAGGAGGACGAGUGGGACCGCCCCCGCAUCGUCCGAUACCACGACAUCGUGUCGGACAAGGAGAUCGAGAAGGUGAAAGAGCUGGCCAAACCCAGGCUGCGUCGGGCCACCAUCUCCAACCCCGUAACCGGCGUGCUGGAGACGGCCCACUACCGCAUCAGUAAGAGACGUGCCACGGUGCAUGACCCUCAGACAGGCAAACUGACCACGGCGCAUUACAGAGUCUCCAAGAGUGCCUGGCUCACGGCGUUUGAACACCCGGUGGUGGAUCAGAUCAACCAGAGGAUCGAGGACAUCACCGGCCUGGACGUCACCACCGCUGAGGAUCUGCAGGUGGCCAACUACGGCGUGGGAGGACAGUACGAGCCUCACUUUGACUUCGGACGGAAAGAUGAACCGGAUGCGUUUGAAGAGUUGGGGACAGGAAACAGAAUCGCCACCUGGCUGCUUUACAUGAGUGACGUACAGGCAGGGGGCGCCACCGUCUUCACUGAUGUUGGAGCUUCUGUCCGGCCCAAAAAGGGGACGGCGGUGUUCUGGUACAACCUGCACCCCAGUGGAGAAGGAGACUACCGGACCCGACACGCUGCCUGUCCCGUUCUGGUCGGCAACAAGUGGGUGUCCAAUAAAUGGAUCCAUGAGCGAGGGCAGGAGUUCAGGAGGCGCUGUGGCCUCCAGGAGACGGACUGACAGCAGACCUCCUCCUCCUCCUCCUCCUGCCUUCCAGGCUGUGGCUGCUGUGAUCUUUAUUUUUAUCUGAAGACUGAGUGUGUGCGUGUUUCACCUGUAACUCCUUUUUUUUUAAAACAAAUUUCUGAUGCCAAUAUUCAAUAACUAUUCAAAUAUUGAUUCUUCACACUGUUAAUGCAGAAUUAAUGUGUUGAUUAAAAACAGAAUUGAAAGCAUAAUUGAAUAAAUAACUUAAUUGAAACUUCACUAUUUUAUUUAGACGUUAAUAAACAUGUUAUUAAAUUGACAUGUAGCAUUUAUAAGCAAUAUAUAAAAUAAUAAAACUCUAUAAACAUAUUUUAGUUUUCAGUAUUUAAGAACAACUCCUCUCAUGAAGGAUCUCUACCUGGUUCUAUUUAUAAACAGAUUACACUUCAUUAAUAAAUAUAAUACUUAAUAUAUUUAAUACUUCAUAUAAAACAUGAAGAUAUAUUUUAAAUGAUCACAACGGUGUUAAAUUGUCAGUUUAUUAUCUGCUGCUUAUAAAUCAUAAAUGUGGGCGGUAAAGUUUACUGAUUAAUGGAUUCUAACAUGUAAAUGUGUUGAUAGAUUAUCUGCUCAGUUUAAGGGUUAAAAACUCCUGUAAAUGAAAGCAUGAAACAUGAAAGCAGAACUUUAUUUUUAUCAUUUUUAUCAGGCUCUUUUCAGUGUUCAGUUCAGGGAUGAUUUGGUCCAUUUUGAAUAGUUUACACAAUAAAUGCCUUAAAGUGUGCAGAUCGCCCUUAAUUUCAUUAACAAACACUGAAUCUGGAAAUGAAACAAAUAAAGAACAUGUGAUGUA